UGCAAGAUCCUUACACAGUAUCGUGAUAUUUCAGUGUUCUCAAAGGGGCCCUUCACCCAACAGCUAGGUUACUCUCCCAAAAUACGAAUCACUGCACGUUAUACCCGUACUCCAAAAUGGCCAUUCAGAAUCUUGCAUCAUACGAGAGAUGACAGCUACACAUGUUAAUAAAUCAACCACAGCUUGUCUUUUCAAAACAAGUGAUCGCAUCAGUAUCACAGACAUAAUCCUUGUUCUCCCUGCAUUAAGUCUUCACAUACCUGAUGCUGAGGUUAUUAGUUGUGUCUUUGUUUGGCUACUCUGCAUCGAGAUGUGUCACAUGUGCACGAAACACACCUUUUGAGAGUCUGCAUUCUAAAGCCUUAGAACCUUAUACGAAAACAGCCCUUGCCAACAACAAGGAUACACUAAACACUGUCACACUAAUUGUCCCUCAAUAUCAUCUCUGUAUAACACAUAUCACCAUCAGUAGAUAUACAGUUCAUCCUAACACUCAGAUAGUCUCUGGGCCCUCUUAUCUGAGUAAAAACACAAUAUUUCCGGAAAUCGAUCAUCAAUCACAUCUGCGUGAUUGGAACUUGGGUACCGCAAUACGCUACACAUUCAGCUUUCCCUUGGCUGAAGUCACCAACAAAAGUCAGGUAUAGGCAUACUCGUCUAUAUGCCUUUCUACAAGAUAUGGGCUGAUAUACGAAUUCUACAAGUGUAACGACUUGUCAAGAACCACCAGCUUACAUGUCUCUACCUGCUGUAGCACAAUAAAACUCAAAAUCCCUGUACAAUGAGGAAUGUGCCCUCUCAUUGUUAUCGGUCUUCAGGAAGCAACUUCUAUAUCCCAGAUAUCAAAUUGCUAUCUCCAUGAUGCAAGGUCCUC